CCCGCACCGACAGCUUCACCUGCUCGAAUGAACGCCUCCGUCAAUCUUCCCGCAAACCACACAACACCACAUCAGCCAUCGCUGCAUUUGCAGCAUUCUCUCACCAUGCCCGACGACCAAAAACCUAAGGGAUUCCCCGAUGUAUCGGCCAAGCUCUCUGCCCUCCCCAAAAAAUCGCUCUUUGAACGCCAGAAAGCCGAAGCAGAGGCUAAGCGUGUCCGCGAACGAGCCGAAACCGCCGCUGUCUACGAGGACUUUGUCAAGUCGUUUGAGGAUGAACCGCUGGGAUCUGGUGGUCGGCCUAUGAUGGAUGGGAGGCAGAAUGCAUUCGGGAAUAGUAGAGGUUCUGGAUUUGGAGGAGGCCCUGCGAAACGCCAUUUCACAAGCUCCGGUCCGCGCAGCAGCGGGCCUGGGACUUUGGGCCCGCCGCCGCCAUCGCUUGCUCGAAAGCGUAACCAUGAAGGAUUUGCGCCGUUGCAUCGGAAUCGAGACUCUGCACAGGGUAUAUUGGGUUUUGAUAAUUCCCCAUCCAGCUCGUUAGACGCGACGUCAGCUUUUCGCUCUGCGGACGAGGAAGAGGAGAGGAGAGCGGAUGCGAAGGAGGCGGAAAGGGCUGCAGCUAAGCCUACGCUGUACCUGGCUACAUUGCCUCCCGGAACGUCUCCUUCCGUGAUCAAGUCUUUGAUUCCAUCAGUUCUGGUCGUUGACAAUGUGAAGAUUUUGCGCCCCUCCGGGCAGUCCCCGACAGAUCGAAAAUCAGUGUCCGCCAUUGUCACACUCGCCAAUGAAUCUGCUGCUUCGGAUAUAGACAGUGUUGUCAGCUCCAUUCAGAAUAAGUAUCUAGGUUGGGGAUAUAACCUAUCGAUCUCUCGACAUCUCUCAUCUGCUGCAAUCAGCUCUACAAUGCCAGUGACCAUUGGCAGCUCAUCAACAAACUCACUUCCAUUUGGAGCUAAGAAUAUAUCACAAAACUUUGGGGGGAGUUUGAAUCGUGCUCCGCCACCCCAUCGCGGUGGAUUUGCGCCUCCAAGCUCAUAUGGGCCAGGCUACGGCAGGGGCGGUCCUACCAUGCAAGUCGAAGUGAAAACGCCAUCGGAUAUAAAGCAGCUGAGAUUGAUACACAAGACCUUGGAGAAUCUACUAAACUACGGCCCAGAAUUCGAAGCUCUGCUUAUGAGCAGACCAGAUGUUCAAAGAGAAGAGAAAUGGGCUUGGCUUUGGGACCCACGAAGUCCCGGUGGUGUUUAUUACCGGUGGAAACUAUGGGAGGUUCUCACAAACACUCGGUCAAAAAGAAUAAGGAGAGGAAGGAACCAGCCAGCUUCACUCAUAUUCGAAAGCGGUGCGAGCUGGCUCCCCCCUGAAUCGGAUAUCAAGUUCGAAUACACCACCCGGCUGGAUGAGUUUGUCUCGGACGAGGACUAUGACUCUUCUGAUGAGGAACAAGGCGAUGCCGAAGACGACAGGCGACACCACGGUGGGCCACCACCUGGCGACAGUCUAGGUGGCCUUAAUGAAGGGUUAGGCUAUAUGAACCCUCUGCAAAAGGCCAAAUUGACGCAUCUUCUUGCCCGGCUUCCCACGACACAUGCAAAAUUACGGAAAGGUGAUGUGGCGCGUGUCACUGCCUUUGCGAUCGAACAUGCAGGUGCAGGCGCGGAUGAAGUUGUUGAAAUGAUUGUAUCCAACAUCAUCAACCCCUUUGCUUACGCUGGUGCAAACCCUGACCGUGAAAUUGAGAAAGGGCUUGCUAGGGGGGACAAUGCUGGAGAUGCCCCCAACGAUACUACGGCCCCAGAAUCUCGACCCUUGGGCAAGGAAGUUCUAGACACAUCUUCUGCUAAGCUUGUUGGUCUCUAUCUGGUCUCCGACAUCCUUUCUUCAUCCGCCACAAGUGGCGUGCGUCAUGCCUGGCGAUAUCGACAGCUAUUUGAGUCGGCACUCAAGGCACAGCAAGCCUUUGAGCAUCUCGGAAGACUUGAGAAGGAUUUCAGGUGGGGACGAUUGAAGGCCGAGAAAUGGAAACGAAGUGUCGGUUCUCUCCUACAUCUAUGGGAAGGAUGGUGUGUGUUUCCGCAGUCGAGCCACGAACAUUUCGUCCAAGUCUUCGAGAAACCACCGCUUACGGAGGAAGAGCUACGCGAGGAGAAAGAAAAGGCGGAGGCCGAACAGGCUGCUUCUGCAUUUGCUAAGAACAAGAGUCGAUGGAAGGCCGUUGACGAGGAGGACACAGCAAGGUUUAACCCUGGCAAACCACCAGUGAUGGAUCAGAAUAAAAUGGAUAUUGACCAGCAACAAAUCGCCCCUCUUGACGAUGAGAAUCUCGACGGGGAGCCGAUGAGUGAUAUUGAUGGUGUCCCCAUGGAGGACAGCGACUUGGAGGGACCGGAUGGUGAGCCGAUGGAAGAAGAAUCGCCUACGGAAGAAAGCCAGCAAACAGAGCUGAAAGAGCCGGAAAAGCAGCCUGAGCCACCUGCUCAGCCAGAACCUGGGCCUUCUGCUCGAAAGCCACGACCGAAAGCAGAGGAUAUGUUUGCAGAUUCAGAUUCCGAGUGAUUGUCCUGUUCCAUACCCCAUGCCAAUGAUUCGCGUUGUGGCAUUGCAUACGUCAUCCAAUGUAGUCCAUCUCCAAGCACUACUUGUAUAUUCAAAUUCUAUGUUCCCGCAAUACAACAAUAAUAACUGCAUGACAAUAAUGCCUCAUGGAAAGUAGAAAAGGCAGCAAUUGGGCGGCACAGAGCGAGCCGGCUUCCGUAAGGCAUCAAAUCGCCGGCGAUUAAAUUUCCCUGCUCGUCCUUGCCCCACAAUCGCUCCUCCGAUAUCAACAGUCCCUCCUCAAUCCCUCUGCCUUCUCAUUCCUCAUCCCAAUUUCAGCGCGC